AUGCUCUGGUAUAAAAGGGACACUGGUAGCCACAGACCGGCACACUCUCAGUCGCUCCGACUCGGGAACCAGGGCAUCAGCGGAGAUAAGGCUUUAUUUUGUCCUCUUAGGCUAACUCGCUUUGAGCUUUGGUUCAGGAUGGAAACCUCUUCGAUAUAUCGGAGCCGACGAUGCUCCAUCGUGCACAACUGCAAAAGCGGUCUCUCCCUCUGGUUGGUGGUGUGGCUGGUCCUCGGCAAGCCAAGUCCGGCAUCGGCGUGCCCGCACCUGUGCGUGUGCUACCCGACGCCCAUGACUGUGAGCUGCCAGGCGCAGAACUUCACCGCCGUCCCGGUCGGAGUGCCCUACGAGUCGCAGCGCGUGUUUCUCCAAAACAACCGGAUCACGGAGCUCAGAGUUGGCUCUUUUGGCUUCGGAACUCAGGUUCUGUGGCUGUUCUCUAACAACAUCACAUGGAUUGAGGCAGGGGCCUUCAGUGAGCUGCGGGACUUGGAGGAGUUGGACCUGGGGGACAACCCUAACCUCCACAGGCUGGAGGGGGGAGCCUUCCGCGGACUAGAGAAGCUCCAGAGCCUCCACAUGCACCGCUGCCGGCUCACUGCCCUGCCCCAUGACAUCUUUCACAAGCUUUACAGCCUGCACUUCCUCUAUUUGGAGGAGAAUAAUCUCCACUUCCUGCAGGACGACAUCUUCUCUGACCUCAUAAACCUGAGCCAGCUUUUCCUGCAUGGCAACCGCAUCCGUACCCUCUCCGAGAACGUGUUUCGUGGCCUGGUCAACCUCGACCGCCUUCUCCUUCAUGACAACCGCAUCAGGCAGGUGAACCGCCGGGCCUUCCGCGACCUCGGCCGCCUGACCAUGCUCUUCCUCUUCAACAACACCAUGGCGGAGCUGCCCAGCCAGACCCUGAGGGACACCCAGGGCAUCGAGUUCCUCCGCCUCAACGCCAAUCCCUGGUCAUGCGGCUGUGAGGCCCGCGCCCUGUGGGAGUGGUUCCGUGAGGCCCGUGUCUCUUCAUCCGAGUUGAUCUGCUCCUCCCCUUCCAACCGCCGUGGCCAGGACCUCCGCUUUCUCCGUGAGAUGGACUUCGCCCUCUGCCCCCUGGUCGACCCAGGCUCCAUUGCUGGCUCCACCACCACCACCUUCAGCACCAAGACCCGCUGGUGGUUCCACAAGAACAAGCCCCAGUCAUCCACAAAAGGUGUCUUUGAAAAAGCCUCAGAGACCGUCAAGGCUGGUUUGUAUGGGAAAGGCCCGUCCACAACCACCUCAGUAGUCAAGUAUGAGCUGGGGGAGGAAGAGCUGGCGCUGCCCAAACUUGACCCAGAAGAGUACUGGGUAAACUACGGCAACGAGGAUUCAGGUGUCACUCUGCGGUGCUUCGAGCUCGAAUGUCCACCUGAGUUUGACAUGCCUCCAUCUUCCUCCUCUCCCUCAUCCUCCUCGCGGUCACUCUUCUCUUUACUAGCCCUUUCUGUCUUCAGCUUCUGCCUCAACCUCCACCUGCUAUUUGGUUGAAUGAGACUCUUAGUACCACCCUCCUCAUCUGUUCCAGCCUGUUUUAAAGGCUGCGAGGACCCCUGUUAGACUCUCGAUAACCCCUUUGCCCGAUAUGCUGUGAGCCAAUUCUCAAGGCACAGCGAGGGAGAUAGGGGGAUGGUUCGAUUCUGAAUCUAUCACCUACAGGGCUUAACACAUUUCAGGGCUGCUAAGAGUUCUUGAGCUAAGGUUAUAUAUAUCUACAAUACUCUACAGGUGUGACUUUUUGUGUCUCACCUGUAUGAUGUCAUGAUUCCCUGCAAUCAGGGCUAUGAGGGCUGACUCAUCACUAAUAUCAACAUGAUUUAUAGGCAGUUGUGAAUGAUGUUGUGGAUUUUGUCACCUCAAUUUAGUUAAAACUACUAGUGCUAUUGGUGCAUCCAAUUAACUGGCUGCUGAGACAGUUACUACAAUUACUGUUAGAGUCAGUGCACAGUAAUGACAAUACUGUAACCACUUAAAGUGUUAUGUACAUAGAUAUGUAUCCUGUGAGUGUUUUUAUCUAAUAUCUGUGGUCCAGCAUUGUCCCUUUUCAUCUCUACCCAUGAAAACUGUGAAGGCUUGCGCUCCUACAGGACAGAGCACGACGUGCAGUGAGCCAGAGAGUAGAGAGGAGAAGAAAAUAUAUUCAGAGCAGUCUGGAGGGAGUGCAGCGAGAGCGUGAGAGAGAGAGCGAGCAAGGGAUGCAGAGAUUCUUCAGAAGGGACAGAGACUAGGGCAGCGAGAGGAAGAAGAGAAAGAGCAAGAGCAAUAAGAGAAGACACAGCAAGACACUAUGAAGGACAGGGCUGGCAGUAGAAGCAGCAACCUGCAGGAGAGAAGUAAUAACUCCACUCAUAGCUGUUAAAUCCAUCCAUCACACAUUCCACCAUCUUCUGUAAAUAUGAUGUUGCAUCUACCACAGGGAAGAAAAAUGCUUCCUGUCAGGAAGCCGAAGACUUAGGUUUUUGAAUGUCUUUUUGUGACAUAUUGAAAUGAUGUGUAAAAGAUUGUUUAAACUGAUGCAGAUGAUGAGAUAAAAUGAUUUACUGAAUAUUUCCUGAAUCACGUUGUCUAUCAUGAUGUUCUUUGGGGCAAAUUUAUCAAAGAAGAUAUAUAUAUAUAUAUA